GGGACCAGGCGGGAGAGGCGCGAAGAGCACGAACGCCGUGACGACCGACUUAGAUGGUGCCUCCCUGGCAGCUUAGGAGGUGUCUAGACUGUGGGGCCCAAGAGUGGCGGCAAGAGCCCAGUGCCUGUGGCCCCGAUCCUGCCAGCGCCUGGGGCUCCUGCUCUGUGCCGGGCCCCGUACUGAGUUCUCCACGCUUCCGAGCCCCACACACAUCCCCAUUGUGCAGUUGAAAAAACUGAGUCACAGGAAGAGGAAGAGCCUCCUAAGGUCUGUCAGACUCGGGAACCUGUGCCUUGCUUUCAGCCACUCCUUCAAGGAGAAUGGAUGCCCCAUGAAUUUGUGUGGCUUGAACUGUUGGGGCCGUAGGACUCUUACAUGUUUCAUCAUUCGAUUUGAGCCCCCGCUCACCCUCAUUUUGCAAAUGAAAGAAAACCGAGGUUGUGGGAGACGGAAAAGGACUCUACAGAAAGGAAGAAAAGGGCUGACAUGCUUCCAGAUUCUGUGCCCUUUUGUGGGGACAGCUCCCUUCUCACCAGUCUUAUCUAGCCUGGGCCUCCAGUGUGGCACCCCACGGGUGCUGGCUGAUCAGAGCGGUCCCUGGUUUUUGGUAGUUUGCCCAGGUGCCGAAGCCAGAGCAACAGGCCAGCUAGUGGGGCCUUCUUGGCUGCAAUUAGGCUCUUCUUGGGGGGGGGGGGGGUGCUGCUCCCUGGGGCCAAGACUGACCGAGGGGCACAGGUGAUGAAGGGGACCCCCAGAUCCAGGAAAGGUUGUCCCCCAAGCCUAGCUGCUGGACACACCCCCACCCCACCCACCCAGCCAGUUUUUCUGUGGGAAAUCGGGGUUCACCAGGUGCCCUCCUGCUCCUAACACAUAGUUGCUGUAAAACAGACACAAUGUCAGUGGCAUUCAAUACAUACCUACCUCUUGUAGCAAACAGUGAGUUUCCUUCCUCUGUUUUAUUUGCCCUCUCAAUUCCACCAGUGUUUCCUGAGCACUUGGUUGGGGUCCCAGGCAUGUGCUGGGGACCCCACCAAUCUGUUAGGAUAAGAAGGUCCUCGCGCUGGGUAAAAGGCACACAUGUGGGAGAACCCCCCGGCCCCAGUCCAGCGAGCCUCCAUGGGCAGUAAACCCUCAUUUAGACAAGUCACUGGUCCAUCUAAGCCAGAGUCUCCAUCUGGAAAGCCCAACGGUGGAACAGGGCCCCAGCUCCCACAGUCUUAGUGGGGAUUGGGUGGGGAGGCAGGAGAUGAGCUUCAGCAGGUGCCACAGCACACGGUGGGCGGUCACCAGAGUGUAGCGUCCCCUCCGCACUGGCCGCUGUGGCUCUACCAAGGGGCAGCCAGUAUUUUUCCAUGACCCUCCCUUGCCAUUAGGGGUUAUGGGCAGAGCUGUGAGUCACCACAUCGCCAGACCCAAACCUGCAUCCAUUGUCUUCAGUGAAGCCUGCUGCCGCUGGGGGCCAGGUGUGGGGGUGGGCACCUGCCAACAGGAACCGGGCCCCUCCAACUCCCCGCAGGGCCCGUGGCCCUGGUGCCUUACUUCAAAUCAGUUUUGUUGGAAAAGUUGGGGAGUGUUUUAAAAUAAGUUGCAACUCCCGCUGCUGCCGGCAGGAACUUCCUGGCUGCAAGACCACACCCUUCAUUACACCCUUACGGUCUUCUGUAGUUGAACCCAGAAGGGAUCAUGGUCACCCCCCCCCCCAAAGGCAGGCCCUCUAUCCCCAGGCCUUAUACUGCCCCACUGUGCCCCUCCCUCGCAUAGGAGUGAGGGUUCUAGAUUGAAACCCAGGGUGUGAAUUCCAGUCCUUUGAGCAGCUCUGUGCUGGAAGGAAGGUGACAGCCUUCCCCAGGCUCAGACAGCUUAGGGAGCCUGGCUUGAGGUAGCCCCCCUUGUCUUCCAAGGAGCCUGGCUGGUUCCACAGCCUUCCCUACCCCCCAGCUUCUGUGCCCCCCUGCCUGGGGUCCUUUGACCACCACCCCUAGCCACAGCUUCCCCCCCUUUAACCCUCCCCUCCCAUCAGGCCCCAGCACCAUUUACCUGGGCCUGUCACACGGCCCGACCUUACUCCUCUGUGCCACUCGGCUGCCAGCUCCCUAGGCAAGAUCAUGAGGGGGUCCACGUUCACACCCCAAAGUGCCCACCUGCCCAGCACAAAAAAAGCUGCUUGUGCCUGAAUAGGUAGCUGGUUUCUCUCUGCUGGGAAUGCAGUUUUUUUCUGUCAGAGUCAUGAGAAGUAGGUUUGGGGGGCGAACUGGCCUUCGUGGAGUCCCUGCUCUGUGCCAGGGACCUACGGUGCACUGUUCUGUCGGUUUAACACUCCGCUCUCCUGGAAGGCAGAGGAUGCCUUCCUCCCUGGUGAGAGACUGGUCUCCAAAGUGCAGUGAUGACAGCAAGUGCUUCUGCAUCAUUUGCCGGGUUAGGCGCUCCUAAGCUUUUCGCGUCUUAAUCGUUUAAUCCUUCCAACAGCCCUCUGAGGCAGGUUCUGAUGUUCCCGUUGGAGGGAUGGGGAAACUGAGGCACAGUGGUUCAGUGACUUGUCCAAGGCCCCAUAGGCUGGCUCCAGAGUCUACCCUGAGGCCCCUUGCCAACUCGUGGCAGACACAGUGCGUCUUUGAUGCCGGGGAGAUGUUCGGGAUCAUGCAAGUGGAGGAGGUGGAGGAGGAGAGUGAGGGCGAGGCAGCCCGGGAAGUGCGGAGGAAGAAGCCCAACCCCGGCAGCGAGCUCUGCUACAAGGUCAUCGUGACCAGCGAGAACGGGCUCCAGGCGGCCAACCCCAACAGCAUCUUCCUCAUCGACCACGCUUGGACGUGCCGCGUGGAGCACGCGCGUCAGCAGCUGCAGCAGGUGCCCGGGCUCCUGCACCGCAUGGCCAACCUGAUGGGCGUCGAGUUCCACGGCGAGCUGCCCAGCGCGGAGGCUGUGGACCUGGUGCUGGAGGAGAUGUGGCGGUUCAGCCAGACCUACCAACUGUCCCACGGGACGGCCGAGGAGAAGGUGCCCGUGUGGUACAUCAUGGACGAGUUCGGUUCGCGCAUCCAGCACUCGGACACGCCCAGCUUUGCCACCGCGCCCUUCUUCUACAUGCCCCAGCAGGUGGCCUACACGCUGCUGUGGCCCCUGAGGGACCUGGACACGGGCGAGGAGGUGACCCGAGACUUUGCCUACGGAGAGGCGGACCCUCUGAUCCGCAGGUGCAGGCUGCUGCCCUGGGUCCCCGCCGACAUGCUGGACAUCAGCUCCUCCACGCCCGAGCCGCCGGACCAGCACUACCAGGCCAUUUUGGAGGAAAACAAGGAGAAGCUGCCACUCGCCAUCAGUCCAGUGGCAUAUCCCCAUGACCACAUCUUCAGGGUCUACACGGACGUCCAGCAGGUGCUCAGCCACCUCACCCACCCACGCUUCACCUUUACCCAGAGCGAGGCGGACGCGGACAUUCUCUACAACUUUUCCCACUUCAAGGACUACAGGAGGCUCAGCCAGGAGAGGCCCAACGUGCUGCUGAACCAGUUCCCCUGCGAGAACCUGCUGACCGUGAAGGAUUGCCUGGCCUCCAUCGCGCGCCGGGCGGGGGGCCCCGAGGGCCCAGCCUGGCUGCCCCGUACCUUCAACCUGCGCACCGAGCUGCCCCAGUUCGUCAGCUACUUCCAGCAGCGGGAGAGGCGGGGCCAGGACAACCACUGGAUCUGCAAGCCCUGGAACCUGGCCCGCAGCCUCGACACCCACAUCACCAGGAGCCUCCACAGCAUCAUCCGGCACCGCGAGAGCACCCCCAAGGUCGUGUCCAAAUACAUUGAAAGUCCAGUCUUAUUCCUGCGAGAAGACGUGGGGAGGGUCAAGUUUGACAUCCGCUACGUCGUGCUGCUGCGCUCGGUGAAGCCCCUGACGCUGUUCGUGUGCGACGUGUUCUGGCUGCGGUUGUCCAACCGGCCCUUCGCGCUCGAUGACCUGGACGACUACGAGAAACAUUUCACUGUCAUGAACUACGACCCGGAGGUGGUGCUAAAGCAGGUGCACUAUGAUGAGUUCAUCCCUGAGUUUGAGAAGCAAUACCCAGAAUUCCCCUGGAAGAGCGUCCAGGGUGAGAUCUUCCAGGCCUUCACGGAGCUGUUCCAAGCGGCAUGUGCCAAGCCACCGCCCCUGGGCCUCUGCGACUAUGCCUCAUCCCGGGCUGUGUAUGCCAUCGACCUCAUGCUCAAGUGGGACGACCGUCCAGAUGGGAGGCGGGUGAUGCAGCCACAGAUCCUGGAGGUGAACUUCAACCCGGACUGCGAGCGAGCCUGCAGGUACCACCCGACCUUCUUCAACGACGUCUUCAGCACCCUGUACCUGGACGAGCCCAGCAACUGCCACGUCAGCCGCCUGGUCUAGGUGCCCGCGGGUCCUGCUGAGGCUGGGUCCUCCAGCCUCAGCUCCCCGGGCCGCUUCUGCAGAGUCCUCCUCCCCGUCCUCCCUUCGGACAAGCCUCGCCUUCGAGCUUUGGCCCCAGCACCGCCUCUGGGGGCUCAGGGUCCUCCUCUGCCUCCUGACUCAGGAGCAGGGCCGGUCACAGUGUCCCCUGGGGCUGAGUCCCAGGCCCCCGUGCACAGUCCCCUCACCGCCAUCUCUGCUCAACCAAAGGCUUUUCCAAAGAGUUUGGUUCCCGGUCUGCCGUGUUUCCAGGGUGUCGACGGAAGACGGGUUCCGGGGAGCGUGACGAGGCGUCCCCACAAACAGGCUUCCCCGGAAGCACCUGUGGAGCCCAAACAUGAACGGAGCCAGGCUGGCUCCUUCUCCAGAUACUGCUUGUGCGUCGUGGCUCCCCCAGGGCAGGGCGUCGGGGUCCCCCGCUGCACCCCUGUGUCCCCAAAACCCCUGGGAACCUGCCAGCCUUCUUGUUCCCCAACCUCGACCAAAACCUUUACGGGCAAGC